CAGCUUCUCUUGGUCUUUGCUUCGCCCAACCAGUCGCGGGGCCCAGGACUUGUUGCCCGAAUCCUUCCCUUGGCUCUCCGGGAGCGGCUCUUUCAAAAAAGAGAUCGGACCCAGUGCCGCGGUUGCACCCUGUGUCUCACUCUCCAAUGACAUUAGUCUCAUAGACGGCAAUCGCUCAGUUGUCACCCCCAAGACCCUUUCGCCGCUGUGGACACACGUUCUCAAUUGAAUCCUAUCUUCUGUGCUUCACCUGUUGUAUAUCGUCCGCGAUAGAAAGCACUCUCCCGUCACCUCAUCUCGUGGCUGCAGCACGUCCACGUCCGUUCCCCUUGGUCCUGAGGUGGUACCAGCUUUGACUGACAUCCGGGUUCCAGACCAGAUCUUCGCUGCAUUCCCCCACUCCUCCUACCGCUCGGCUGCAAGUCUCGACUACAACGCGCUGCCAGUGCUUGAAUUCCUUCUGGGUGCAGUUACACGCGCUGCUACCAGCCAUCGCUAGUCUCCUUGCGCGACGAGAGAGUGUUUUGGGUGCAACGAAUCCAUCCAAUAAACCAUGAGAUAACCUCUGCGACCACUUUCUCAGCCUUUCAAUCUAGUCCAUCAUGACGGCUGCUGAUCAUCCUUGGUCUCUGGUCGGCAAGUCCUCAGUAGCUCCCGGCAGACCAACCUGGAUACCAGACCAUUCCGACAUGCAGCCAUGGUCGACUCCGAAGACGUCGUUUGAUGAAGCCCUCUACAAUGCUGCCGUUCUUCACAUGCCUCCCACCUCUUCUGAAGAUGAGCUUGAUGAUCGGAUUGCGUUCGAGGCACACACUCUGGGCAUAGCACCGCGGCAAGUUACCUCGGACGUCGACAGGAUCGCCUCUUCAGUCUCGACAGUCACAAUAGCUUCCGACUCCAUGAACCAGAGUUCCAUCCAAUCCCAGUCUACCACAGCGACCUCCUGUGCCUCCAGUGAGCAUCGACCGACGACGCAGUCCUCACGGAGAUCUGACCGCGCCCCUCCCAGUCCAGGUGGUGUCUCCCCUGUUUCGACGAGCGAGAGGAAAAAAUACUCCCCACUGAAAAGAGGGUUUCAAAAAGUGGCAAGUUUCCGAAAGAGACGGUCGGGGGCCCUGACAGCUUCUUCGACUCUUACAAGUAUCAGCAGUGAUGCCGACACCAAUGGUAGUGAGGAUCUGUCUAUGGACAUGCGAAGUCCCUUGUCGGUCAAAUCAGGUCAGAGCUCAUGGUCACAACCACUGUCAAUGGCAAAGUCCAGUUGCGAAUCACCUCAAUUCGUGGAUAUAGAGGCGCUGCAGAGGAGCAUGGGGUGUAAGGAACUGCUCAACCUUCGAAUGGCACAGCUGGACGAAAAGGGCCGUUUUCUGGAGUUCCAGGCUUCCUUGAUGGCGCAAUUACAAUCGGAACGAGAUUUGCUCAAGUCACAAAAGAAGACGAUGCAGGGAACCGCAAUCGCCGAACAAAGAGCCAAGAUUGACCGAACUGUAGAAGACCUCGAAGCGCGCCAACUUGAGGAGGAAAUGAAGAUGGAAAAGGAACAUGAGCUGGAGAAGAGAGCCAUUAUGUUACGCUUACGGCAUAUGGAAGCUUAUUGUCAGAAUCCAACUCCACCCUCGACUCCUGUGGAUCCAGGCUCUCGACAUGCUUCUAUCGAUUCGAACUAUCCAGAGCGCAAGGUAACCGAUAAAGACUACCACAAUCUCGCCCAGCAGUACCGUGAACGAGACAUCAUGGAUUCCCUGCAUGCCUCCAAAAUCAAUGUUUUGCGGGGUAAGCAAAAGAGAGCUGUCGAGAAUCUCAUAACAAAAAAGGAAAAAGAGAUGGAGGUUCUGGAAAGGGAACAAAAGAAGGAAUUGGCAGUCAUUGAUCGAGACUUCUCCAGCCAGGAGGCCGAUUUGAGAAUGGUCCUGGCCAAGAAGAGAGCGAGGCUCGAAUCCAGGUGGAGGACCCAGGCCUUGAUUGAGCGAACGAAGAUGGAGAAAACGACUGGCAUGACAUACGCCCCGUUGCCCGAUGUUGUCGCCAUCCAAGAUAUCAACAGCCCCUGAGUACAGGACGAUGCGAUUCGGCCCAGUCUCAAAACCAUCGCUGAUGUGUCACAUCACCCCCGGCAUUAUUAUUUUGCCUCUCUGCGCGUAUCUUUUCAAUCUGCGAUUCACGGCAAACAGAUACCCCCAAAUGAUGUGUACUUGUUUUUGACAGCACUAUUGCUUAUUGUUCAUGAGGGAUGUGAAUCAGCUCGACAAACCCCUGGCGCAGAACGGCGUAUUGCAGCGUAUUGCAGCGU